AUUUUUUUUGUUGUUGGUAGGCCAGAGUGGUGCUGGAAACAACUGGGCUAAGGCCACUACACAGAAGGAGCUGAGCUGGUUGACUCAGUUUUGGAUGUGGUUCGGAAAGAGGCGGAGAGCUGUGACUGUCUGCAGGGCUUCCAGCUCACUCACUCCUUGGGUGGAGGCACAGGGUCCGGUAUGGGCACCCUCCUCAUUAGCAAAAUCCGUGAGGAGUAUCCUGACCGUAUCAUGAAUACCUUCAGCGUGGUGCCCUCUCCUAAAGUCUCCGACACAGUGGUUGAGCCCUACAACGCCACACUGUCUGUCCAUCAGUUGGUGGAAAACACAGACGAAACCUACUGCAUUGACAACGAAGCCCUUUACGACAUCUGCUUCCGCACUCUCAAACUCACAACACCCACAUACGGUGACCUCAACCACCUCGUCUCCGCCACCAUGAGCGGCGUCACCACAUGCUUGAGGUUCCCUGGCCAGUUGAACGCAGAUCUCCGUAAACUGGCGGUGAACAUGGUGCCCUUCCCUCGUCUGCACUUCUUCAUGCCCGGCUUCGCUCCUCUGACCAGCAGGGGCAGCCAGCAGUACCGCGCACUGACUGUUCCUGAACUCACCCAGCAGAUGUUCGACGCCAAGAACAUGAUGGCUGCCUGUGACCCCCGUCACGGCCGCUACCUGACCGUUGCUGCCGUCUUCCGUGGCCGCAUGUCCAUGAAGGAGGUGGAUGAGCAGAUGCUCAACGUUCAGAACAAGAACAGCAGCUACUUCGUCGAAUGGAUCCCCAACAACGUCAAGACCGCUGUCUGCGACAUUCCACCUCGUGGGCUCAAAAUGGCCGCCACCUUCAUUGGCAACAGCACUGCCAUCCAGGAGCUGUUCAAGAGAAUCUCCGAGCAGUUCACGGCCAUGUUCAGGCGCAAGGCUUUCCUGCAUUGGUACACCGGAGAGGGCAUGGACGAGAUGGAGUUCACCGAGGCUGAGAGCAACAUGAACGACCUGGUGUCCGAGUACCAGCAGUACCAGGAUGCCACUGCUGAGGAGGAAGGAGAGUUUGAGGAGGAGGGCGAAGAGGAGCUUGCUUAAGAUGACCAUUCUGUUGUGUCUUUUUCCUUUUUCAAGUCUUGUCACAUGGUUUGUUUUUGUUUUUUCUUACUGCAUUUCCUGUCACUUAAAACCUUCAGUUGUACCUUUUUGUGUUAAUGUUAAUAAAACGAAUAUAAGAACCUGA